AUGGACUGUAAGGUAUAUGUGGGAGGUCUUCCGAACGAUGCUACAUCGCAAGAGAUAGAAGACGCCUUUUAUCGUUUCGGACGUAUCCGCAAAGUUUGGGUCGCUCGCCGUCCGCCCGGUUUCGCAUUCGUAGAAUUCGAGGACAGCCGCGAUGCAGAAGAUGCUGUGAAGGCUCUAGACGGAUCGAGAAUCUGUGGUGUGCGUGCGCGCGUGGAGCUUUCCCAUGGUCGCGGUCGCGGUGGCGGAGGAGGCGGUGGCUACGGCGGUCGUCGAAGCAGUUACGAAUACAGAUCCCGUUCUCCCCGCCGUGAUCGCGCGCGCUCUCGUAGCCGUGAUCGCAGAAGUCGCUCGCGCUCCAGGAGCCCUAACUAUCGCAGCCGUUCGCCUCCAGAUGAGGAUCGCCGUUCGCGCAGCAGAUCUCGCUCGCCUUCCCCGCAGGGAGAGCUACAGCUCCACGAAUGCACUAUGAAUCGUGAGGACAUCGAUAAAAUCGCUGCAUCGACUUGUAUUAUAUUUCUUUCUGGUCUGGUAUUGUUCCAGUCAUGCCAUCGCGCAUCAACGAUUUACUUCUUUGAGCUACAAACGACAACAGUCAUUUUUGUUGAACCAAUACCGGCUCUUCUCUUACCCUUCGGUCUUUCAAUCCUGUUAUGGCUAGUUUACAAAGGAACUAAAAGGAGCGCAAGUUUGGAAGUAGAACGAAAAGCAAUUAUGGAUAAACAAAAAGAAAUUGAGGCGGCUUCAUCUCCAGCAUCACGGAAAACAUCAAGGCAAGAAAGUCGAAGAGUUUCAUUGACCGAUGAGCAGACGUUCCGUCUCAAGCGUUUACUGUCGGACAUUCAAGAGAUGGACACAAUCCACAGUCAGUUUGGAGCCCAGCCAGACAGCCGAGACUCACCAGCAGGUGGCCGGCUGAGUCGCGACUCAGCGUCUAGUACAGGAAGGCAGACACCUUCAGAUGGGAAUGAGGAUGCACAAAAAACCGCCGAAUCACAGCCGGAGAGGAAAGCGGCAGGAAUAUCACCGCGAAACAGCACUGAAGAUUCAUCAGGCGAGCAUUCACCGUCAGUCGUGGGCAAGUCACGAUUCACAUGCACAAAGGUCGAGGAACCGAAAAUCAUCUUACCAUCGACACAUGACAGCCCGCAUCGUGUGCAAACAGCUCCAGCUUCAUUCAAACCGAUUCUCAGGUCCAGAGGAUCUUCGGAGUCCGAGCGAGGAUUGCUGCCCAGGAAGAUCAGCGGGCCUGCAACAUUUUCCGGUGGCGUGCAAGCAAUACCAGAUGACUCUUACGGCUUGAGUCGAAGAUCCUCAGUAAGCAUGAGUAGACGCAGUUUUGCUGGAGCUGAUGAGCUGCCAGAUGACGACGACAGUGAGAGGGAGAGAAAUGAAAUCUAUACACAGAUUGGACAGACAAAUUUCUUCACCUACUCGUUGAGUGCGCUUAAUCUGCUUCCGAAGAAUAGACCCGGAUUCCCAGAGCUGAAGUUGAAUUUUUCUGAUAUCAUGUCAGAAUUGUUUUCCGUGCAUCUCCCUGUUUGGGGAUGUGUUGCAUCUUUCUAUAUCGUGCUUCUGGAGCUAUUUGGUGUGCACUUUGCGUACUACUUUUAUUAUCAUGAAGAAACGAUGAUCUACGCGGCCCUUGCGUUUUCUAUCAUUUUCGGAUUAUUCCACGAAUUUUGUGGAGGAUGGUUUACAAACGAUAUCCUUGCGUUUUCAUCGAUAUACAUAGCAUGCUCAAGAAUACAGGCUGUGAGCUAUCAGACGGGUGUAAUACUACUUGUUGGAAUGGCGUUGUUUGACCUGUUCUGGCUGUAUGUUAUAGAUCUAUUGAGCACUGUCACGCAGGAAUCGCGGGCACCGCUAAUGAUUAUGAUCCCAAGAGAUCAUAAAGGAAAUAAGCAGAGCCUUGCGAUUGUUGACAUUAUCAUACCAGGAAUAUUUCUUAAUGUGGUUCAAAAGUACAGUUCUAUGUUUGAUCCGGGGCUAUUCACUGUGACUUAUGCUGCAGUUUUCGGUGCACUCACGUUGACGAUGAUUUUUGCAGUGUGGAGGCAUAAAAUCACCCCAGCACUUGUGUUGCCAGCAAUUGUGGCCAUAGUAGUAUCCAUGGGAUUGAGCACACAUCGACAUGACCUUUGGCGAUUUAUGAUCAAAUACAAGCGACUGAUGCCUACAAAAACUGCUUAG